GUCACAUGUUCCCGCGUUUCGAUGACGCCUUGUGGCUGCGCGCCCCUUCGCGUUUCCCCGGGCCUACAGCGAAGCCAUUUUUGAUAUUUCCGUCUGACAUUUGUUGAUACUGAAGCCCGGCACCACAGAUGGAGUGAUCCAAGAUGCCUCCUCAUCUCCCACGCAAGAGAAUGCGGUCAGCCACGCCUGAGCACGGCGACAAAACGAACAAGGUCACAAAAAAAGGGCAGGCGAGCACACCAAAGGCAGCAGUCGCACCACCUCGGAGGUCUACACUUUUCGAUGACCUAGAUGCGGGAAGCAAGGGGCGCUCCGCCGAAAAGACCAAGUCCGCAAUUCAGCAAAUGGUCGAUGACGACGACGAAGAUGACAGCAGCUCUCUUAGUUCACUUUCGGAUUCAGAUAUCGAAUUCGAAGAUGUACCGACAGCUAAACGGCAAAAAGUAGCUGCGCAAUCAGAAGACGACGACGAUGACGAGGAUAUCGAGUUUGAAGAUGUCCCGAAUCAUGAGCCGCAACCUGAGGCGGAGCCGGUCAUCUCGGGUGAUCUGGAGCUAACGCUAUUCCGCAACAAUCAUGUCCCUUUGGCGUCUGAAAUGUCAAAGAAGGGCCCGUCCAAGAGGGAGAAGAUCAUACGAAAUGGCACGCAUUGCAUACACGUGCAAUUCUUACUGUGGCACAAUGCGCUCCGCAAUUCGUGGUUGUGUGACCCAGAAGUCCAAGCCGUCAUGAUUUCACAUAUACCUCCACGGCUAUGGGACGAGGUUGAUCGGUGGCGGCAGCACAGCGGGCUCGCAACGGAGGACGAAAGGGAGCAACACGUCUCGCCUGUGACGAAGAAAGGUGUCAAAGGGAAGGCUCAGCCAAAAGGCAAGGCUAACACGAGGUCAAAGGGCAAGCCAACAGUGGCGAAGCCUACCAGGGACUGGGGUGAUGCGGCUGAUCGUCUUGAGAAGGGAGCACCCAAUAUGAGCCAUGGCGAUCCCCUAUUCAGGCUCAUGAAAUCUCUGUCCUCGUGGUGGAAACAGAGGUUUCAAAUCACGGCACCUGGAUUGCGGAAGUUUGGUUACAUGGACGUCAGACGACUGGCCAAGUGGAGGCAAUCUUUCGAGGAGGGCGAGCACGACCCAGAAAGGUUUGGAGAGAAGAUCACAGAUCUGGAAGACUUUAGACGGCACGCGCAGAUGUGCGAAGGGAGCAGAGAUGUUGGUGCGCAACUCUUCACGGCUUUGCUGAGGGGCCUUGGGCUCGAUGCCCGGAUGGUCGCAAACUUGCAAUCUCUGGGAUUUGGUUGGAAUAAAUCUGAAGAAGCGGACGAAGAAAAGACUCCAGGGGACACUUCCACUAAUGGUACUGCUACUCCUGUCCAGACGAAUGGAAAGAAGGCCCAGGAGCCCAAGAAGGCGACCAAAACGCGAAAAACACCGGCUCGGCCCGCCAGCCGACGCACCAGGAAAAGUGACAAGGACGCUCUCAAAAUGGACUUGGACGAUUCCGACGAAUACGCAGAAGCCAUCAGUGAGGAUAGUGAUGACGACUCGGUCAUUGACGUUACAGCCGACCACACAAAACCUCGGCCAGCGCCCAAGGUGUAUGACAAGGACCUUGACUUUCCUCACUAUUGGACGGAGGUCUUGUCUCCCGUAACCCACAAGUGGGUACCCGUGGACGCGAUUGUCAAAUCUGUGAUAGGUACGAACAGGGAGCUCAUCGAGUCCAUCGAGCCGCGUGGUGCAAAGGCGGACAAGGCGAAACAGAUAAUGGCGUAUGUCGUCGCCCAUUCUCGCGACGGUACCGCCAAAGAUGUGACAGUCCGCUAUUUGCGAAAGCAACUCUUCCCAGGCCGGACAAAGGGCACGCGUAUGGGCAUCGAGAAAAUCCCCAUAUACAACAAGCAUGGCAAAGUGAAGCACUACGAGCAGUUCGACUGGUUCAAGUUCGUUCUGAGCGGAUAUGUUCGCGGAAGCCUCAAACAUCCACUUACUGAGUUGGACCAACUCGAAGAUGUGACAGACCUCAAGCCUGCAGUUCCAGAAAAGAAAGAGGUCAAGGAAGGCGAAGAGACGUUGCAGUAUUACAAGUCUUCAAAAGAGUAUGUGCUACAACGUCAUCUGAAGCGCGAAGAAGCACUGCUUCCCUCAGCAGAGCCUGUCAAGGUCUUUCGCAACAAGGUCAAGGGCGGCAAGAUCGAGGAAGAGGAUGUGUAUUCCCGGAAAGACGUGGUGGCAGUCAAAUCCGCCGAAACGUGGCACAAGCAAGGACGAGCACCCGUUCCUGGUGCCGAACCUCGGAAACACGCACCGUAUAGAGCAGCUACAACGAAUCGUCGCCGAGAGAUUGCGGAGGCUGAGGCCAGAACGGGCGAAAAGGUGCUGCAGCCUCUGUACAGCGAGGACCAAACGGAUUGGAUCAUCCCACCCCCCAUUGAGAACGGCGUCAUUCCCAAGAAUGCUUAUGGUAACAUCGAUAUGUUUGCCGAGCAUAUGUGUCCCGAAGGUGCGGUGCACAUACCUUACCGCGGUGGGGUGAGGGUGUGCAAAAGGAUGGGCAUCGACUACGCAGAGGCCGUCGUAGGAUUUGAGUUUGGUCACCGCAUGGCCGUACCAGUGAUUCGCGGAGUAGUUGUGGCUGAGGAGUACGAGGACAAAGUGGUCGAAGAGAUGGAAAAAGACGAGGCAGAAAGACAGCGGAAAGAAGACGAGAAGAAGCGCAAGUUGGUUUUGGCGACGUGGCGGAAGUUGUUGAUGGGCAUGCGAGUCGCAGCUCGAAUUAAGCAAGAUUAUGGACACCUGGAGGACAAAGAGAUACCCCGCCAUGUAACAAAUGGCGAUACAGACGGUAAUGAGGGAGAGGGAGAGGGAGGAUUCAUGAAAAUGGCUGAACAGGAUGAGGAUAUGGGUGGUGGUUUCCUUCCCGAAGGUUACGACGAAGAAGAGCCGGAGAGUGAACAGCGGCAAACGUCGACUUACUUCCCAGUUACACACGGUGACGAUGGCCAUGACCAGCUGGAGGUUGAUCACGGCGGAUACGAAGAGAAGUCUCCUAUUGUGCGAUUUCAGGGGAAACCGGUUAAUGAGCAACAAGAUGAGGAUGGUGCGCAAGUCCAUGGGGAUGAAGAAGCGGAGGGAGAAGUCCAGCCAGCGCCACAAACCAGGCGUAGGGCUGCUCAAUUAAAGUCAAAGGCUACAGGCAAAGUUUCAACCCGGCGCCGGAGUCGAAGGAAAAUCGAGUUAUCCGAUGAAGACGAUGAUAACGAAGAUGAUGAUUUCGAGCUAUCAGACUAGUUCAUGAUCUUUGAAUAAAACUAUAUCGCAG